CCGCGCCCCUCCAGCGGUGAUGGAAAGGUGUCGGGAGUUGGGAUGCCGGGAUGGAGGCGCCGGAGCCAGCACCAGAGCGUGUUGCUGUGCCGCCGCCGGCUGGUGCGGGCGAGGGAGCGGCGCUUCACCGUCGUGCUGGCUGUGGUGAUGGGGGCCUUCAUGCUGUGCUGGUUCCCCUUCUUCUUCACCUACAGCCUGGGGGCUCUCUGUGGGAAGGGCUGCCACGUGUCCAAGCCCCUCUUCAACUUCUUCUUUUGGAUCGGCUACUGCAACAGCAGCGUCAACCCCCUCAUCUACACCCUCUUCAACCGGGACUUCCGUGCUGCCUUCCGCCGGCUCCUCGCCGUCCCCCGUCGGCACUGCACUUAGGGACCCGUUGGGACAGCGGGGACGUGGCCCCCUACCCUGCUCAGUGCUCACAGCAUCUGGCCCUACCACAGAGCUUGGAUGGCAGUGCCAGUGUGCAGCUUGAGGUGCUUCUGGAAAUGCAGGACUGAAUAAAACGAGACCAAAGCC